AUGGCUCCGAACCUCACCGCAGUUAUUGGGCAGUACCCGGUGCUCCAAGCUCUGGCCGCGCAGUUGUCAGCGCUCGAUCUGCUCAACCUCGCCCUGAGCUCCAAAGCCCAUCAUGACAUCAUCGCAGCCUCCGCGGCGAGAUUUCGUCGCUUGCGCGCGUCCUGUGUAUGUGAUGGCCAUGGGCUAAAACUUCGACAGGACCAAGAGGGACUGUACAGGGAGAGGGACUCACGGAAUACCGAUAAACCCAUCGAAGUCCACCUCUACGCUCUUCAGUGCGAUCCUUCCUCGGCACUGCCCUGCAUCAAAUGCGGUGUUAACAUCUGCGAGGAAUGCCGCCACUACUCGCGUGAAGCCCCAGACCCAACAUAUCCUGAGCGAAGGCCACACCUCAACUCGCCCUGGCAGCAUGAGAACGUUAUGGUUUUGUGCCCGCCUUGCGAUGAAAAGCAGGAGGCUGAGAUUGCGCGCCCGGAGAACUUCCCAGAAACCCCCCUCUGCAGCUGUGACGUUUAUACUAGAUGGAUUUGCCACCCGUGCAAAGUCAAAGAGCGGAAAUUCACUUCCAACUACUACAGAGAGUGCACUGUGCUCGAGGCGUAUUUUGAUUCGGACGACGAGCUCGGUCACGAUUUCCAAGGCCGCACUAAAGAAAUGGGCGACCACCAGCAUAGCCGCGCUGUCUACUGCCUUUGUGGCUCUGGCGUGCCCGACGAGAUGCGACCUCGCUGCACGUGGUGCAAGCGCCGCCACCUCCCGGAAUCUGAGUGGGGCCAAGAGUGGGAUGAGGUCGGCCGUAAGAUGCCAUGGUUUGAGAAUGUGCGCUACUAUUUUCUUCAAACCCCACUACUUGCCCUUGCACUGCUCUUAUCUAACUAUUCCCUAAAAGCAAUCCUGAUCAAGGAGAAGCGAUGCACGCUCUGGUCGUGCUACCGUAGCCAGCCCGGCUUCCACCAGGGCUUCUGCAGAGGGAACCCGGCCCGGACAGGCCCGGAAACGAUGGGAGUUGAUCACGGGUUAAUUCGGAAGUUUAGUAACCCCCUCCUCAACGGCCUCACGGCUGUUCCCAUGUGGGAUAAAGGAGGUGCCGAUGCCUUGAAAACUCUCCAAGCAAACACCAUGAACGACGCAGCGUACUCGGCCAGCGCCAUGGCGAUCUGCAAGGGCAACUUGGGCUCGGUGAGGGUCUGCAAUAAACUCCGCGCUGUCGGGGCGACGUCCCUGCUCCCCGUGCUCGGGGCCUGCUCGACCAGGGGCUGCGAGCCGUGGCUGCUCUACAAGGAUAUCUGCGGCGAGGACAUCCAGCGCCUCGUCUUCCUCCUCAUGGUCAUCCGCGAGGAGAGGGUCGCGGCCCGGGACGUGGUGGCCGCCGCCGACGAGCGCGACGCGGCGACGAUCGACGAGAUCCGCGCCACGAUCAGCGAUUUUAUCGCCCAGUGGUAUUACGCAUACAGGCCCCCCUCUGAGAGUUCCUAG